AUGUCAAAUCCAAGCAACGAUUCGGAGCCGCCAGCGGUCGAGCUCAUGCGACAGCAUGUCCUCUCGCAGCUCACCCACUUCCGAGCACGCUUCGCCGACGGACAGAGGGUCCCACCAUUGAUGGUCGGGGUGCAAGGUCCUCAGGGGAGCGGAAAGACGUUCCUUACCAUGCGCCUGCGUGAUGCGCUCGCCGCCUCACCUCACUCCCUCUCUGUCUCGGUGCUCUCGAUCGAUGACCUCUAUCUCCCGCACGCCGGCCUCACAGCCCUUGCUGCUGCGAAUCCGGGUAACGGCCUCCUCCGCGGGCGCGGCCAGCCCGGCACGCAUGACGUCCCGCUGGGCAGCGACAUCCUCCACAAGCUGAAGCGAAUCAACGGCGGCGCAUACGGAGAUGAAGUGGUGCUCCCGCGAUUCGACAAGAGCCUCCACGGCGGAGAGGGCGAUCGCGAGCCAGAGGGGACCACCGUCCGCGCCCCGCUCGACAUCGUCAUCUUCGAGGGUUGGUGUACUGGGUUCUACCCGGUAAGCGCAGACGAAAUCGAUCGGCGGUGGACGCGGCCCGUGCCCGACCUCGAUGCGGACUUCCUCCGGCGGCGGGGCUUCAGGAAGGAGGACAUCGCAGACGUGAAUGAGCGCCUGCAGGCGUACAUCGAGUGGUGGGAUCACUUCGACGCCUUCAUCCAGAUCAAGCCGGAGACGGCGCACCCGUACUCGCACAUAUACAAGUGGCGCCUGCAGCAGGAGCAUCACAUGAAGGAGCUCAACGGCGGGCGGGGCAUGGCGGACGAGCAGGUGGAAGCGUUCGUGGAUCGCUACAUCCCUGGCUACGUCUUCUUCGGGGACGGCAUCACGGAGGGAGGCGUUGACGCCUUGGGAGUGCAAAGACGGCCGCCAUGGUUAGGGCGUGGGCUCGCCGUGGAGAUCAAUGCAGAUAGGGAGAUCGUACGCUCAAGCACAUUCUAG